AAUCACAUAAAUUCACUUGAAUCAAGCUAAAUCAUGGUCUAAUUACUAUCAAAUUUCUCCCCUAAUUAAUCCAGAAUUUCGGACACAAAGGGCAGCAAUUAAAUGGCUAAACUUGCACUUAGAGAAGCUGCCACAUACCACAAUUCUCCAGCUGUAGAAACCGGACCUAGCAUGGGGAAGAAGCCGGCGGCAGUGCAAGGGAGAAACUCACGGAUCUACCCAAAAUUGAAGGAAAUAAGAGCAAUCAAAGUUAACCCAAGCCAAUUCAAGCAAGAACAAAGGAAAUUAGGGGCUGUUCUUACCGAAAAUUCAAAGCAAUUCGCCCCCAUAAAGCAGGAGCAGCCGGCGGACAAGAGAGGAAGGACAGAGCAGAUCCGGAUUUCCAGCAAGGGGAAAGAUUUCUGGGUUCCAAGGGGAGGGUCUUAUAGAUCUAGAAGCCCUGGUUACCUCGGAGCAGCUCGCCGUGUUCGGCGUCAACGUGCACAGAGCUCCCGAGGCCGUGGGGCGGGCAGCGUGCGACCCCGGCCAACAAGGUUUGAUGAGCGGCCUCCCCCAGCGCCUCAAUCACGCGGCCCGUCAAACCGGGGUUCCAGCUCGUCAUCCAGGCCACGCGCAGAUCACCGAGUUGAGAUGGCGGCCCCGGGCGCGCGAAGGCGCACGCGCGAGGAGACAGAGAGCGAGGAGGAUGAAGUCCCCCUAGCCCGGCGCAUAAGAAGCGGGGGGACUCAGCCCGCUCAGGCGGCUCGUCCUACAACGGUGCGUUCGCCCGGCGCACCGUCAGCGACCGCGCAGAUGUCAGUAGAGCCCGACUCGGCAUCAGCUUCGUCCUCGGGCCCCAGGAUUACUUAUCCUGAGGGUUUCAGUUACACACGGGCGGAGUGCCAGCCCGCCAUGCUGCAGACCAUGCGCAGUUUUGUGCCCCCGACAGAUAAUCGGCGGGCAAAAGCGUUCGUGCAGCAGCAUGGUGGCCAGGUCGCCAUGAUCAAGCUGAUGGAUGCAUUUAACUACACUGUGGCGCUCUACGAGAGCGAUCAGGCGGCUCGUACACAAAAUAGCGAGCUCAGUUCCAAGUGCAAGCUACUGGCUGCUGAGAAGGCCAGCCUUGUGGACGAUGUGAAUCGUCUGCAGGGUUCUGAAAUGGCAAACCGAGCCGCAGCUGCUGAGAGUCGGGCGGACGAGCUCGCCAAUAAGAUCAAUGAGCUCACCGAGGAGCUAGAGCGAGCUCGAGUGGAGAGAGAAAGCGGGAUCCAGGCAGCAAAGGAUGAGGCCGCCAGGGUUGAAGAGAGGGCGAAGAAAGCUGAGGCUGACAGGGAUCACGCUCAGCACGAGCUGGGCUCCCUUAGGUAGCAAGUCGCCGAGGCGGACAGAAACCUUGCUGCUGCCGGGGAAUCGCUGAACGAGCUGAAGGCUUCCCAUGCCCGCUCUGUUGUCAUCGCCCGAGCUCAAGGGGCGGAAUGGCUCGUUGGCUCGGCUGUGUUUCAGGACGCUGUGGCGGUGGCGUCUGC